CGUUCAAGAAUGAGUCACUCAUCGCCACUACCGAGUCGGCUCUGCGCCAUCAGCCAGCUCUCUACGCUGCGUCCAGGCGACAAAGUUCGCUUCCUNGGGAUGUAUCAAAGUGUAAAUCAAUACCAUGAAUCUGCUGCUUUGCUAUCCCUCUUCCACAACUUCUCUUCUUCUCAAAACCAACAGACUACCCAAGUCGACAUCAGCCAAUUACUCGAUACCAUCGACCACCAAGAUCUCCAGAUCGGGGCCUGGCUCAACGUGAUUGGAUAUGUCACUCCGGCUACGUCCAAGUCUCGGUCCAAAAUCCAAGCCAUCAUCGUUUGGUCUGCUGGUGCUAUCAAUCUGCAACAGUAUGAGAAUGCUCUUAUCUCGAGACAAACAACCUGA